GGGGCGCCGGGAUCACGCGCCGGGCGCGCGGCCAUGGCGCGGCGGUGGAGCGCUCCCCUGCUCCCGGUGCUGCUCCUGCUCGGCGCGGGGCUCGCGCACAGCUCCAGCCCUCUGCCCCUGGUGCUCAACACUUGGCCUUUUAAGAAUGCAACCGAAGCAGCAUGGAGGACAUUAGCCUCUGGAGGCUCUGCCCUGGAUGCGGUUGAGCAGGGCUGCGCUGUGUGUGAGCGUGAGCAGUGUGACGGCACCGUGGGCUUUGGAGGGAGUCCCGAUGAGCUCGGAGAAACCACGCUGGAUGCCAUGAUCAUGGACGGCACGACUAUGAAUGUAGGAGCGGUAGGAGAUCUCAGGAGAAUUAAAAACGCGAUUGGUGUGGCUCGGAAAGUGCUGGAACAUACAGCACACACGCUGUUAGUGGGAGAGUCAGCCACCAAGUUUGCUGAAAGUAUGGGGUUUAUCAGUGAGGACUUAUCUACCACUACUUCUCGAGCCCUUCACUCAGACUGGCUUGCUGGAAAUUGCCAGCCAAACCACUGGAGGAAUGUUGUACCAGAUCCUUCAAAAUACUGUGGGCCUUACAAGCCACCUAGUAUCUUAAAGCAAGAAGGUCCUACCCAUAAAGAAACAGGAGAUAAUUACGGUCAUGAUACAAUUGGCAUGGUCGUAGUCCAUAAGAUGGGGCGUACUGCUGCUGGUACAUCUACAAACGGUAUAAAAUUCAAAAUACCUGGUCGAGUAGGAGAUUCGCCAAUCCCCGGAGCGGGUGCCUACGCGGAGGACAGCGCGGGGGCGGCUGCAGCCACCGGCGACGGCGACAUUCUGAUGCGCUUUCUUCCCAGCUACCAAGCUGUAGACUAUAUGAGAAGAGGAGAAGAUCCAACUGUAGCCUGCCAGAAAGUGAUUUCCAGAAUUCAGAAGUAUUUUCCAAACUUCUUUGGGGCCAUGAUAUGUGCCAAUGUGACUGGAAGUUAUGGUGCUGCUUGCAGUAAACUUCCCACAUUUACUCAGUUCAGUUUCAUGGUUUAUAAUUCUCUGAAAAACGAGCCAACUGAAGAAAAAGUAGACUGCAUCUAAUCCAUCUUUUCCGUCGGCAUCUCUAUUUAAAGAGGAAAGAAACAAAGGCUGAAAAGGUGACUCACUGUCCUCGGGUUCUAUGCCUCACGCAUCCUACCUUCCUUGUGUAAAAUAGGCACAAAAUUAAAUGUGUGCUGAAGCAGCACUUUCCCUUUCUGUACCUGA